AUGGCAGCUGUCCCACCUAAGGAGGGAGUUAGUGGAAGUGGGUUUACGGUAAAUAGACGUGCUCAAACCGCCCUUAUCAUCCCUGAAGAUAACCACAUCCAGGAAAGGGAGGCGAUCUUUAACAAUUACAGAAGUAAACCUCAGGUUGAAGUUAUUAACAUUCAACUCAGAGAGGAGUCUGCUCAGGAAUAUGGAGACUACUCUGUAGAUGAAACAGCUGACUACUCGAUUGAUGAGUCUAUGCAAGAACAACAGCAGCAACAUGUAAAACAACAAGUAAAACAACAUUUAAAACAGCCAACAAUUUUGUUAACUGGACCUCCAAGAAUAUCAGUGAUCCCGAUGGCAGCAAACACUGUAGUAAGAGAGUCACUUUAUGCUUUUUUACUUGUAGCUAUCAACACAGCUCACAAUAACAGAGUUUGCAGCACCUGGGGCAACUUUCACUUCAAGAACUUUGAUGGAGACAUAUUCAACUUCCCCGGUACUUGUAACUACGUCUAUGCAUCUCACUGUAAGGGCGCAUAUGAGGAUUUCAAUAUCCAAAUCCGUCGUGCUGUUGUGGACGGUGUUCCAGUCAUUGACAAAAUCUCCAUGAAAAUUGAUGGACUUGUAGUGCAAAUCGAUCACAACACUGUCUCAGUAAAUGGAAACGAUGUCCAGCUGCCUUUCAGUGGUUCUGGCAUUCAGAUUGAGAAACAUGAUGUAUAUCUCACAGUGACCUCCAAACUUGGUCUUGUCUUCAUGUGGAACGAUGAUGAUAGUCUUCUGCUGGAACUGGAUGAAAAGUAUGCCAACCAGACCUGUGGGUUGUGUGGGGACUUUAAUGGCAUUUCAAUCCACAAUGAGUUCAUUUCCAAUGGGAUCCAAAUCACAGAAGCUCAGUUUGGAAAUUUACAGAAGUUGGAUGGCCCCACAGAACUAUGUAAUGAUGUGCCUCCUAUAGCCAAGAGCAAUUGCACUGAUUAUGAAAACAUCUGUGCGUCAAUCCUUCUGGGUUCGGCAUUCUCCAAAUGCCAUUCAUUGGUGGCUGUUGAGAAAUACAUUGAAGCUUGUGUGCAAGACCUGUGCCGAUGUGAUAGCAAAAAUACUGCCUUAUGUAUGUGUAACACAUUUGCUGAGUACUCAAGGCAAUGUGCUCAUGCUGGAGGGAAACCAGAGAACUGGAGAACUAAAGAUCUGUGCCCUAAAACAUGUCCUUACAACAUGCAGUACCAGGAAUGUGGAUCUCCAUGUCAAGACACUUGCAGCAACCCAGAGAGAAGUGUUUUAUGCGAACAUCACUGUCUAGAUGGAUGCUUCUGCCCUCCAGGGACUGUGUUUGAUGACAUCAACACCUUCGGCUGUAUUCCACUAGAUAAUUGUUCAUGCACUUUCAACAGUAAUAGCUAUGCUGCUGGGACAUCUUAUAGUACCAUCUGCAGCGCUUGUGUGUGCGCUGGGGGAAAGUGGAGCUGCAAUGACUUGCCUUGUCCUUCAACCUGUUCUAUUGACGGAGGGUCACACAUCACAACUUAUGAUCAAAGCCAUUACGACAUACACGGAGACUGUAACUACGUGAUGACUAAGGACUGCAAAGGAAAUUCAUUUACUGUAGUGACAGAGCUGCGUAAAUGUGGUCUGACCGAAAGUGAGACCUGCCUCAAGAGUGCCACCAUUAUCCUUAAUGGAGGACUAACAAUAAUUGUAAUCAAGCCUUGCGGUAGUGUCUUUAUAAACAACGUCUAUACUCGGCUACCAGUAUCUGCAGCAAAUGCAACCAUCUUCAGACCUUCUUCAUUCUACAUUGUUGUCAAGACAAACUUGGGAGUACAAGUGGUGGCUCAGCUGACACCAUUUAUGCAGGUUUAUGCGGCUUUGGAUCCAUCUUUCAAGGGCCAAACGUGCGGUCUCUGUGGAAACUUCAAUGACAAACAGACAGAUGACUUCCUGACCCUCAGUGGGGUCAUUGAAGGCACAGCUGCAUCCUUCGCCAACACCUGGAAGACCCAAGCAGACUGUGCAAAUGCUAAGAAUGUCUAUCAUGAUCCAUGCUCUCUUAGUGUUGAAAAUGAGAAAUAUGCCCAGCACUGGUGUGGUCUUAUAUCUGAUCCAUCUGGUCCAUUUGCUUCCUGUCAUGGUGCAGUCAAUCCAGAGGUUUACCAAAAAAACUGUAUGUUUGACACCUGUAACUGUGAGAAAAGUGAAGAAUGUAUGUGUGCAUCCCUGUCAUCCUAUGUCCAUGCCUGUGCAACUAAAGGAGUCAUACUGAGUGGAUGGAGAAGCACUGUCUGCUCUAAAUACAUGCACAACUGCCCAAAAACACUGAGCUAUACCUACUCUACCAGCACUUGCCAGCCCACGUGCCGUUCCCUCAGCGAGCCUGAUGUCACAUGUGAUGUAAAAUUUACCCCUGUGGAUGGUUGCACAUGUGCCAAAGGCUUGUACAUGGAUGACAGUGGUAGAUGUAUUCCUGCCGAAGCUUGCCCGUGUUACUUCAAAGGUUCUGCUGUGCCUUCUGGAGAAGUUGUCCAUGAGAAUGGGGUCAUGUGCACUUGCAGUCAAGGACAACUCAACUGUAUUGGAAACGUUAUUGUGGUUUCAGCAUGCACCGCUCCUAUGGUUUAUUUUGACUGCAAGAACGCUUCAGUGGGAACCAAAGGAGCAGAAUGCCAGAAGAGUUGUCAGACUUUGGAUAUGGCUUGUUACAGUACAAAAUGUGUAUCCGGCUGUGUGUGUCCUGCAGGACUGGUCUCAGAUGGCAAAGGCGGCUGCAUCCAGGAAGAACAAUGCCCAUGUAUUCACAAUGAUGCUACCUAUCAACCUGGCGAAAAGAUUGAAAUGAAAUGCAAUACCUGUACCUGCAAAGAUCGUAUGUGGCAGUGUACAAAUAACCCCUGCCUGGGCACUUGUGCUGUAUAUGGUGAUGGCCAUUAUAUUACCUUUGAUGGAAAACGCUACAGCUUCAGCGGAGACUGUGAAUACACACUUGCCCAGGAUCAUUGUGGAAAAGGAGGAAACAGCAGCACCUUCAGAGUCAUCACAGAGAACAUCCCAUGUGGAACCACUGGAACCACUUGUUCUAAGAGCAUCAAAGUUUUCCUGGGGAGCUAUGAGCUGAUCCUCACAGAGGAACACAUUGAAGUGGUAGAGAGAGGAAUCGGAGGAGUUGCUCCUUACAAAGUCAGACAUAUGGGCAUUUACCUUGUCAUUGAAGCUGAUAAUGGCCUCAUCCUGAUGUGGGACAAAAAGACCAGCAUCUUCAUCAAGCUCAGUAAAGACUUUGAGGGUCAAGUUUGUGGUCUGUGUGGUAAUUACGAUGGAAACGGUAACAAUGACUUCACCACAAGAAGUAUGUCUGUGGUUGGAGAUGUUAAUGAGUUUGGAAACAGCUGGAAGAUUUCUUCAACAUGCCCUGAUGCCAAACAGCCCAAAGAUGCCUGCAGUUUCAACCCAUACAGGAAAUCCUGGGCACAGAAACAAUGUAGUAUCAUCAACAGUGAUGUCUUUUCUGCCUGCCAUGCUAGGGUUGACCCCUCCAAGUAUUAUGAAGCUUGUGUCACUGACUCUUGUGCUUGUGAUUCUGGUGGAGACUGUGAAUGUUUCUGUACAGCGGUGGCAGCCUACGCUCAAGCAUGCGGAGAAUCCGGAGCCUGUGUUUCCUGGAGAUCUCCGAACAUCUGUCCUCUUUUCUGUGAUUAUUACAACCCUGAAGGAGAAUGUGAGUGGCACUACAAACCUUGUGGAGCUCCCUGCAUGAAGACCUGUAGGAAUCCAAGGGGGAAAUGUAUGCACGAGCUUUCUGGCUUGGAAGGAUGUUACCCUAGUUGUCCAGCAGCUAAACCAUUCUUUGAUGACGAUGACAUGGAGUGUGUGGCUGAAUGUGGCUGCUAUGAUGAUGAUGAAGAAAAUCAUUACAAGGUUGGACAACUUGUACCUUCCAAGGAGAACUGUAUGAUUUGCUCAUGCAGUAGAUCAGGCAUACAAUGCAAGUACCAAAAAGAAGCAUGUCAUUGUGAAUACCAGGGUAAAAUGUACAAAUACCAUGAUGUUAUCUACAACACUACCGAUGGCAUUGGAGGCUGUAUCAGUGCUAUCUGCAAAGAAAACGGCACCAUUUACAGAGAUAUUCAGAAUUGUCAUGUUUCUACAACCACAACCUUUACAUUUACCUCAACACAUCUCUCUACCACUACUAAAGGAACAACAGUACCCUUGACUACAAUAUGUGUUAAAAAGGUCUGCAAAUGGUCACAAUGGUUUGAUGCUAGUUACCCUGAACCAGGACUGGAGAAUGGAGAUUUUGACACAUAUGAAAAUAUAAAAGCUAAAGGGUUUUCCAUAUGUAGUCAUCCAAAAGAUAUUCAGUGCAGAGCUCAGAUGUUCCCUGACAUAUCAUUAGCAGAACUUGAGCAAAAUGUACAAUGCAAUGUAUCAUUUGGGCUGAUCUGCCGGAACAAAAAUCAGCAUCCACCUAUCUGCUAUAAUUAUAAUAUCAGAGUUCUGUGCUGUAGCUUUGAAAAAUGUGAUAUACCAACUCCAAGUACAGCACCUACAACUGCAAAGCCUUCAACCACACUGUCAACUACCACUAAAAAGACAGUACCUACAACAAGUCCACCUGCAACCACAGUGACAGAAACUUCCUCUCCAACUACCGUUGUUAGUACAACUACAUCUGGAGCUCCAACUACAGGAGUAUGUCUUCCAAAAUGUACAUGGACAAAGUGGCUUGAUGUCCAUAUACCAGGAGUUGGUAAAAAUGAAGGAGAUAUUGAGACAUAUGACAAAAUCAGGGACUUAGGGCAUAAACUUUGCCCAAAGCCUGAUGGAAUACAAUGUAGAUCGGAGAAAUAUCCCGAAGUACCAAUUGGUCGAAUUGGGCAAGUAGUUCAGUGCAAUCUUACUUUUGGUCUUAUUUGCAAAAAUGAAGAUCAGGAAGGAGACUUCAAGGUAUGCCUCAACUACCAAAUUAAAGUUCUCUGUUGUGAUGACUACAGUCACUGUGCAACGACAACACCAGGAUCAACAAGUACAUUACCUACUACUACUGAAACUACAACCCCCUCAACCACAAUUACAACUACAACUCCUUUAUUAACAACUACCACUAAAAUUCCAACCACCUCCACAACAGUUUCAUCACCUGAAACAACCCCAACAACUGAAACAUCCACAACACCAGAGACAACUAUAUCUUUAACAACUACUAGCACAACCACUUCAACAACAACUGAAACAACCACUACCAGUACCACAACACCAGAAACAACUACAUCUUUAACAACAACCACAACUACUCCAGAAACAACAACCACCCCAUUAACAACUGAGACACCCACAACAACAGAAACUACUACGCCAAUAAUAACUAUCCCUGAUACCACAACAGUUACCACACCUCCAGAAACCACUACAUCUUUAACAACAACCACUAGCACAACUAGUCCCAAAACCACAACCACUUCAACUACAUUUAAAACAACCCCUGAAACUAGCACACCACAAACAACUACCACUACAACAACUACUGAAACACCUGAGACUACCCAAACCACAACUACAUCUCCUUCUUCAACAACCACAAGCACCACAACUACUACUAAAAGCACAACUACCUCAACAUCAACAACCCCUGAGACAACCACAACACCAAAACCGACUACAACCACAACAACUGAAACACCCAAAACAACAACCCCCCAAUCUACUGUCAUAAUAAGAACAUUUACAACCACAAAACCAACUCCAAAUAAAGUAGAGGUUGACACAACAACAGUUUGCCAACCACAAUGCAAGUGGUCAGACUGGAUUGAUGUUGAUUUUCCUAAGCCAGGCAUUGAUGGAGGAGAUAAAGAAACCUUUCAAAACAUAAUGGCUAAUGGUAAAAAUACUUGUAAAAACCCACAAAAUAUUACAUGCAGAGCAGAAGAUUACCCUGGGAUAAGUAUUGACAAUAUUGGGCAGAAGGUUCAAUGUGAUAUCACUAUAGGGUUAGUGUGCAACAACAAAGAUCAAACUGGAAUAGUUAAACAAUGUUAUAAUUACCAAAUAAAGGUUUUAUGUUGUGAUGAUUACAGCCAUUGUAGCACAACUCCUCCACAGACAACACCUAUGACUACUUCCACUACAACUACCACAGUUCCACCAACUACAACAGAAACAACAACCACCACAAGUACAACAGAAUCAACUACAACUGAGACUCCAAAGCCUACAACACCUACCACUACUCCCACUACAACUACAACUACCACAGUGCCGCCAACUACAACAGAAACAACUACAACUACCACAAGUACAACGGAAUCAACUACAACUGAGACACCAAAGCCUACAACUACCACUACUACAACAACUGAAACACCAACUACUAUUAUAACAACUACCCCAGUGCCACCAACUACAACAGAAACAACAACCACCACAAGUACAAUAGAAUCAACUACAACUGAGACUCCAAAGCCUACAACACCUACCACUACUCCCACUACAACUACAACUACCACAGUGCCGCCAACUACAACAGAAACAACUACAACCACCAUAAGCACAACAGAAUCAACUACAACUGAGACUCCAAAGCCUACAACACCUACCACUACUUCCACUACAACUACCACAGCACCGCCAACUACAACAGAAACAACUACAACUACCACAAGUACAACGGAAUCAGCUACAACUGAGACACCAAAGCCUACAACACCUACCACUACUCCCACUACAACUACGACUACCACAGUGCCGCCAACUACAACAGAAACAACUACAACCACCAUAAGCACAACAGAAUCAACUACAACUGAGACUCCAAAGCCUACAACACCUACCACUACUUCCACUACAACUACCACAGCACCGCCAACUACAACAGGAACAACUACAACUACCACAAGUACAACGGAAUCAACUACAACUGAGACACCAAAGCCUACAACUACCACUACUACAACAACUGAAACACCAACUACUAUUAUAACAACUACCCCAGUGCCACCAACUACAACCACCAUUAGCACAACAGAAUCAACUACAACUGAGACUCCAAAGCCUACAACAACUGAAACACCAACCACUCCAACACCAAUCUGCACACCAAAAUGCAAGUGGUCACAUUGGAUUGAUGUUGAUGCUCCUACCUCUGGAAUUGAUGGUGGAGAUAAAGAGACAUUUAAGAACAUAAUGAGUAAAGGCAAACAAAUCUGCAAGCAUCCAAAUGAUAUUGAAUGCAGGGCUGAAGAUUUCCCAGAUAUUAGUAUUGAUAAUGUUGGACAAAUAGUUCAGUGUGAUUCUAAUGUUGGUUUGGUGUGCAACAACAAAGACCAAACUGGAAAAGUUAAACAAUGUUAUAAUUACCAGAUAAAGGUUUUAUGCUGUGAUGAUUAUAGCCAUUGUAGCACAACUCCUCCACAGACAACACCUACCACUACCUCCACUACAACUACCACAGUUCCACCAACUACAACAGAAACAACAACCACCACAAGUACAACAGAAUCAACUACAACUGAGACUCCAAAGCCUACAACGCCUACCACUACUUCCACUACAACUACAACUACCACAGUGCCGCCAACUACAACAGAAACAACUACCACAAGUACAACGGAAUCAACUACAACUGAGACACCAAAGCCUACAACUACCACUACUACAACAACUGAAACACCAACUACUAUUAUAACAACUACUCCAGUGCCACCAACUACAACAGAAACUACAACUACAACCACCAUAAGCACAACAGAAUCAACUACAACUGAGACUCCAAAGCCUACAACAACUGAAACACCAACCACUUCAACACCAAUCUGCACACCAAAAUGCAAGUGGUCACAUUGGAUUGAUGUUGAUGCUCCUACCUCUGGAAUUGAUGGUGGAGAUAAAGAGACAUUUGAGAACAUAAUGAGUAAAGGCAAACACAUCUGCAAGCAUCCAAAAGAUAUUGAAUGCAGGGCUGAAGAUUUCCCAGAUAUUAGUAUUGAUAAUGUUGGACAGAUAGUUCAGUGUGAUUCUAAUGUUGGUUUGGUGUGCAACAACAAAGACCAAACUGGAAAAGUUAAACAAUGUUAUAAUUACCAGAUAAAGGUUUUAUGCUGUGAUGAUUACAGCCAUUGUAGCACAACUCCUCCACAGACAACACCUACCACUACCUCCACUACAACUACCACAGUUCCACCAACUACAACAGAAACAACAACCACCACAAGUACAACAGAAUCAACUACAACUGAGACUCCAAAGCCUACAACACCUACCACUACUUCCACUACAACUACAACUACCACAGUGCCGCCAACUACAACAGAAACAACUACCACAAGUACAACGGAAUCAACUACAACUGAGACACCAAAGCCUACAACUACCACUACUACAACAACUGAAACACCAACUACUAUUAUAACAACUACUCCAGUGCCACCAACUACAACAGAAACUACAACUACAACCACCAUAAGCACAACAGAAUCAACUACAACUGAGACUCCAAAGCCUACAACAACUGAAACACCAACCACUUCAACACCAAUCUGCACACCAAAAUGCAAGUGGUCACAUUGGAUUGAUGUUGAUGCUCCUACCUCUGGAAUUGAUGGUGGAGAUAAAGAGACAUUUGAGAACAUAAUGAGUAAAGGCAAACACAUCUGCAAGCAUCCAAAAGAUAUUGAAUGCAGGGCUGAAGAUUUCCCAGAUAUUAGUAUUGAUAAUGUUGGACAGAUAGUUCAGUGUGAUUCUAAUGUUGGUUUGGUGUGCAACAACAAAGACCAAACUGGAAAAGUUAAACAAUGUUAUAAUUACCAGAUAAAGGUUUUAUGCUGUGAUGAUUACAGCCAUUGUAGCACAACUCCUCCACAGACAACACCUACCACUACCUCCACUACAACUACCACAGUGCCACCAACUACAACAGAAACAACCACCACAAGUACAACAGAAUCAACUACAACUGAGACUCCAAAGCCUACAACACCUACCACUACUUCCACUACAACUACCACAGUGCCGCCAACUACAACAGAAACAACAACCACCACAAGUACAACAGAAUCAACCACAACUGAGACUCCAAAGCCUACACCUACCACUACUUCAACUACAACUACAACUACCACAGUGUUGCCAACUACAACAGAAACAACAACCACCACAAGUACAACAGAAUCAACAACUGAGACUCCAAAACCUAUAACAACAACUAUACCUACACAGACUACCAAGUGCUUCUGCCAUUUUGAUCACAAUUACUUCACCCCAGGGGAAGUCAUCUAUAACAAAACUGAUGCAGCAGGUUGCUCAUUCUAUGCGGUGUGCAAUGACUUUUGCGAAGCUGAAAGAUUUACUGGGCCUUGCACGACUACAAAACACCCAAAAACAAAAUGCAGCACAACUGUUAAACCUUCUACAACCACACCAAGUCCCUCAACUACUCCCAAAAAGACAACAACGACCACAACUACAACUUCCCUUGUUUCGACUCCUAGUACACAAGGUUGCCCACCUCAUAAGACUAAUGAAACAUGGAUAAUUAAUAACUGUACAAAGGCCACAUGUCAUGGAAAUAAUGUGAUUACCAUCGAGCCAGUGAGCUGCCCUAAACUGGAGCCAUUGAACUGUGCUAAUGGAUUCCCACCUGUAAAGAAGAUGAGUGCAGAUGGAUGCUGUGAACAUUACGAAUGCCAAUGUGUGUGCAGUGGAUGGGGGGAUCCUCAUUAUAUCACCUUUGAUGGAACCUAUUACACUUUCUUGGACAAUUGUACAUAUGUUCUGGUGCAGCAGAUCACUCCCAAAUAUGACAACUUCCGUGUCCUUGUUGACAACUACUUCUGUGAUGCUGAAGAUGGUUUGUCCUGUCCACAGUCUAUCAUGAUCUACUAUAAAUCCAAUGAAAUUGUCUUGACACGUAUGAUGUUCGAAGGAAGAAUGAGGAACAGGAUAAGGUUCAACCAAGACUGGGUAACUCCAGGGUUUACCAAGGAUGGCAUUAUUAUAAGCAGUGCUGGCAUAAACAUGAAUGUGGAGAUCCCAGAAAUCGAUGCAUUUAUCUCAUUCAGUGGAUUGAUCUUUGUUGUUAAGCUGCCAUUCAGCAAAUUUGCUAAUAAUACAGAAGGACAAUGCGGUACUUGUACUAACAACGGCACCGAAGACUGCAGAAUGCCAAGCGGCGAGAUUGUGAAAGAUUGCUCCAAAAUGGCUGAUCACUGGAAGGUCAAUGUAACAGGCAAGCCUUAUUGUAAACCUCCACAGCCUACAGCACCACCUUCUCAUCCAACCCCAGCACCAACUUGCAAACCAUCUACUCUGUGUGACAUCAUUUUAAGCGAGGUCUUUGCUGCGUGUCACGAAAUCAUUCCUCCAAAGCCUUACCACGAAGGUUGUACCUAUGAUUCCUGUCGCAUACCCACUGACUCAGUAGAGUGUUCCAGCUUGGAAAUAUAUGCCUCUUUGUGUGCCGCCAAUGGGGUCUGCAUCGACUGGAGAAGCAAGACUAAAGGACAUUGUCCUUUCAAUUGUCCGGCCGGGAAGGUAUAUGACUUUUGUGGACCAAUACAUCCUAAAACCUGCGGUACCAAGGAAGUUCAAGAACUCAACAAAGCAUAUACUGAAGGCUGCUUCUGUCCUAAAGGAACCAUGCUGUUUAACUCUUACACUGACGUCUGUGUUGAGAGCUGCUCUUGCACUGGUCCUGAUGGAAUGCCCAAAGGACCUGGAGAGACCUGGACAAGCGACUGUAAUAACUGCAUGUGUGAGAAGAACUCUCUUACUGUCCAGUGUCAUCCAAUCACAUGCCCUCCAUUGGUUGACUUAUCUUGUCACAAGGAAGGGUUAAUCUCUAGGUUGCUGCCAGAUCCCCAUCAGCCAUGCUGUUUGAAGAAUGAGUGCAUAUGUAACAGCAGCUACUGCCUGCAGAAGGAGAAGAACUGUUCACUUGGAUUUGAGGCUGUCCCCGUUCUUUUGGAGGGUGAUUGCUGCCCAUCAUAUACCUGCAGACCAACGGAAGUCUGUGUAUUCAAGGGGACGACGUACCAACCUGGAGAGAAUAUCCCACAAAGCAAAGGAGUAUGUUCAAACUGUGUGUGCACAAAUCAGACGGAUCCUGAUAACUUACUGCGCCUUAUGUCAUGUAAACCCAUCGAAUGCCAUACUGAAUGUGAACCGGGAUCUGAACUUAUAUCUUCUGAAGGUGAAUGCUGCGGCACAUGUAAACCGAAUGCAUGUAAAAUAAAACUAAGUGACAACUCCAUAAAGAUUUUGAAGUUUGACGAUACAUGGGGCCCACCUGAUCAACCAUGUGUUGAGUAUGAGUGUCACAUAAUUGAAGACCAGUAUGUACCUGUGGAAGUCAGAAGAACCUGUCCCAUUGAAGAAUGUGAUAAUGGCUACGAAUUCAAGGUCAAAAAAGGCGAAUGUUGUGGAACAUGUAUACCAUACGCCUGUGUGAUCCACCUGAGUGACAACACAACUAUGACUUUGAAGCCUGAAGAACAGUACACUCCACCAGAAGAAAAGUGCACCACCUACAGCUGUUCAAACACCUUUGAUGUUGAGAAAACCACCAUUACAUGCCCACCGUUCGAUCGUUCUAAUUGUCUAGAGGGUACUAUCAAAUCUGAUGGCUGCUGUCAGACUUGUGAAUCUGCUCUGAAAGGUUGUCAGGUCCAUAAACAGUCUCAGCGUAUCAAGACCAGCACUUGCGAAUCAGAGCAGGUUGUGGAGCUGUCCAACUGUGGAGGAGCCUGUAUGACAUCAUCCAUGUACUCUGCUGAGGCCAACAUGAUGGAGCACAAGUGCAGCUGUUGUCAGGAAGUAAAGACCAGCAAACGAGAAAUAAACCUGAAAUGUCUGGAUGGAACCAGCACUGUCUAUACCUACAUAUAUGCAGAGGAAUGCGGCUGUGCCCACACUGAAUGUGAAAGUGACACCCAGACCUCCAGCUCACAGCUACGGCAACAGGUCAAGAAGACUAAACAGGAAAUCAAUGAGGACCAUAAGAUACAACAAACCAACUAAGCGACAGUAUCAAUCUAGCUAAAUGAAUUAUACUGAAUCAGAACUUUAACAUGAACUUACACUAAAUAUUGUAUCUAACAUCUAUAUAUUCUGGAAAACAUACUCCACCAAUGGGAAUGACCUUGUUUUGCUUUCUGACUGUCAAGGUCUCCUCAGCGAAGCCUCCAACCUCUUUUCUUACAUUAUGGGACUUCGAAAUAUUACAGGGCUGUGGUCAAAUGAGCUAAUUCUUCAGGCUUAAAUGCUUAACCCUUUUUUUCACAGUUUGUAAAAUCAAUUGCCCAAACAUGGUUGACUUCAAGUACAUACCAGUAGUUUGUAGCUUCAGUUUGUCAUUUGAAUUUUUUUAUGGCAGAUAUUUCCAUAUAUUGAUUACAAGUAGCAUAGAAGAAUAUAUAUAUAUAUAUAUAUAUAUAUAUAUAUAUUUAGGUUCAACCUCUGGUCCAUAUAAGCAUUUCACUAAAUGAAGACAAAUACACUGCUGCUCUAUGUCGUCCUGUUUACAAAGGAAUAGAAUUAGCUGAAUCUAGUUUAUUUGUCUCUGAUUAGCUAAUAGGGAAAUAUGAAGGAUUGUGCUAUUAUGUUUUUCCUUAUUUUAUUUAAUGCUUUUAUGCGAGGAUGUAGAAUUCUUGUUCCUGAAGCUUAGAUCUCUCGCCUAUUUAUUUGUCUGGUUGG